AUGGAUUUCAAAUAAUCAAUUGAUGAUUCUUUGGAGAAGAUGUAUAAAUAAAUAUAAUAAUAUAUAUAUCCAAUUUAAAAAGAAAAAUAAGAAUUAUAAGAAGUUGAAUAAUAAUUAAAUUACUUUGAAGAUAUAAAAUAGCUAUCUGAAUUUUAUUCUUAAGAAUAACAGCAAUCGCCUAAAUUAAUAUAAGAUAACCAUUUUAUAAAUGAAAUACAAAGACAAUUUGAACUCUUAUUAAACAGUUCUGAAUACUUCUAAACAUUAGAUACAUUUAAGCAUACAAAAGAAACAAUUAAAGAUAUUAUAGAAAAUAAUGUAAUCGAAUUAAUUCCUUCAUUUAUAACCAAAAAUGAUUCUGUAUAUUUUAUAUAGUAUUAAUAGAAAACACCAAGUUUAAGUAGAAUUUGUAGUAUUCAUAAAAAGGAGAUAAUUUUGAUUGAUAUGGAUUCAGAUUCAAAGAAUAAGAAAAUAGAAGAUAGAUUUGCAUGUGUUGAUUGUAUUUGUGAGAAUCCUUAAAUAAAAUUUUAAAGUAUUGAAAAUGUGGAUAAGUAAUGGAAGGAAUAGAACACAGAAAAUGAAAGGGUAUUAAAAGAAUACAAACAUGAAAGCAAAGAAAAAAAGACUGAAUUAUUCAAUUAAAUAGCACAUAUGAGAAGGAGUUAUAAUAAAAAAUUGAAUGAAAUAAGUGAUAAAUUGAUUGCAGAAUAGUUCUUAAGCAUAGAUAAAACUAAAUAAUCAAAUCAAACAAAAAAGAUUUCAAUUUAAGCUUUAGAUGAAGAAUAAUUACUGAACGAUAUAAAAUAGUUAAUUGAAAAGGAAAAAGAUAAAGAAAAGGUCUCAUAAAAUCAAAUAAUUAUAAAUUUGAAAAAAAAGGAUUAGAUAUUCAAAAAGGACAUUCAAUAUCAUUUAGAAUCAUUACAAUAAUAUGACUAAUAGGAUAUUUAAUAAUCAUUGGACAUACUAAAGGAUAUAACAAGUAUUGAAUUUCUAUUUUUUUUAGUUGAAAAGAAUAUUAUCAUUUAACUAAUUGAUAUGAUCUAAGAAAUGUAAAAAUGUUCAUAAAAGGAUGAAAACUAUUAAAAUCAAAUGAAUUUAAUCAAAGAAAUUUAAGAAUUGAUUGAUUAAGCUAAAAAAUAUCAAUGUUAAUCAAAUCUAUUUAAUUAAACUAUUAUGGUUU